AUGUCUCUCCAACCUACCAAAGAUGGCCUGGACACCGGGAUAACACACCUAGAGCAUCCAAAAUCGAACAGCGAUGAGAAUGAUGCUGCUCGACGUCUGCUCAUAGACCCAAAAGCUGAGAAGAAAUUGGUCUUCAAGUGCGAUAUUCACGUCUUGCCGUCUAUCACUGUUCUUUUCUUCCUCUCUUUCAUGGACCGCACGAAUAUCGGCAAUGCUAGAAUACAAGGCAUGACUCACGACCUACAAAUGAGCGGAAGGGACUACAAUGUUGCUCUCUUCAUUUUCUUCAUACCUUACAUUCUCUUCGAAGUUCCGUCAAACCUCAUAAUCAAGCGCAUCGCACCGUCUACCUGGCUUAGCAUAAUCAUGAUUCUAUGGGGGAUCGCAACGCUAGGUCAGGGGCUUGUCACCAACGUAGCUGGAUUAAUUGGCUGUAGAUUCGUGCUUGGUGUCUUUGAGGCCGGGCUUUUCCCAGGCUGUGUAUAUCUGAUCAGCAUGUACUACAAGCGGUAUGAGCUGCAGUGGAGAAUGUCUCUGUUUUUCUCGGCGAGUAUUCUCGCGGGAGCGUUCUCAGGGCUUCUAGCCUUCGCCAUCGCCAAUAUGGCGGGUGUGGGUGGCUACGGGGCUUGGCGAUGGAUAUUCAUCAUCGAAGGCCUGCUGACCAUUGUCAUUGGCCUCGUAUCCAAGUGGUGGAUUGCCGAUUGGCCAGAAACUGCCAAAUUUCUCAACGAUGAGGAGAGAAAAAUGUUACUCAGCCGUCUUGCUCAGGAUACACAAGAUGCCACGAUGAAUCAUUGGAACAAAGGUACGGCGAAGCGAAUCGGAAGAGACUGGAAGAUCCAUGCUGGAACUGUAGCAUAUUUCGGUGUUGUCAACACUGGAUACGCCGGAUCUUUCUUCAUCCCUACUAUUCUCAACCAGAUGGGACUUACAGCAGCUGCUGCACAAGUCCGCUCGAUACCAAUCUACGUAGUAGCUACAAUUACGUGUCUUACGGUGGCAUACCUCACAGAUCGACUCAGGCAUAGAUAUAGCUUCACUAUGAUUGGCAUUUGUGUUGCUACCAUUGGAUAUAUCCUUCUGCUAUCUCAGCAGCAUGUUGCUGUCGGUGUUCGCUAUUUUGCGUUGUUCUUGGUCGUUAGUGGGGGCUACACGACUCAGCCAGUGACACUUGCCUGGCUAGCCAACAACGUCAGUGGUCAUUACAAGCGAUCGGUAUCAGCGGCUGCCCAGGUAGGCCUUGGCAACAUAGGCGGGAUUGUGGCAUCGAACGUUUUUUUCGAUUCAGAGGCUCCGCUUUAUUGGACCGGCUAUGGCGUCAGUUUGGGCAUGCUAUGGAUUUGCGCUGCUGCGUGCACUGUGCUUUAUCUCGGUGUGAAGCGUGAGAACAAGAAACGAGAUCGCGGGGAUAGAGACUGGCGCUUGCAGGGCGAAAACGUGGACAACUUAGGGGAUGACCAUCCAAGUUGGAGGUUCACCACCUAA